AUGAGUUUCGUCAAAGCUUUACCGGUUUUGAGUGGGAUGUUAGGAGAGGAGAGUUUUAGGAUAGAGUUGAAAAAAAUGAAAGCUGAGCAAGACGGUUUAGAACGAAGAAUGUGGGCGAAGAGCGAGAAGAUCAAAGCGGAUCAUAUGAAUCGAAUCAAGGUGGAUAAAGAUGUUGCUAGAAUAUCCCGUCGUCCCAUCACACCUGAAAAAGAAAAGGAAUGGACCCUUCAACUACAAAACUCCCUUCAACAAUUCUACCUUCAUACUUGUCUUCCAGCGAUGGACGGUCUUUCCAAUCGUCAACGACAACGACUUAAAGAUCUCGGGGUGCCUGGAUUAGGUGAUGGGGAAUGGGAUCGAAAAAGUUCAGAGAGGGUAAAGAGGAUUAUGGAUGUUUUGGAAGGAGGUAUGGAAGAUUGA